UGUGAAUGAAUUCUAUUCCAGAUUUUACAUAGUAGUGGACAUAGCCAAUCUGUUAGUCAAAUGCCUGUUAUACUAAUUCCGUUACAUUUCGACCGAGACCAGGCUCUGAGGAUACCUUCUUGUCAAAGAUCGGUGGUCCUUCGGCCAUUUUGUACCCAGGAUUUCAUGACGGGUGUACCUGCAGUACCUGGCAAACAACUCCCCGUUGAGGUUGUGAGAAAAAUGGUCCAAGAAGUAGUACAAGUACCGGGUAUUUCAAGAGUUCUUUAUGAUUUGACGUCGAAACCACCGGGUACAACAGAAUGGGAAUGACCUUCCAUAUGUUUGGUUAGACAAUGUAAUUUUUUAGUUCCCAGUUUUGAAUUGAUACAUAUGUACAGUUAACGUUUUUUAUUAUUUGGUUAUUGCAAUUGCCAGUUUGAAUUAUAAAAAGUGAAGUAUGUUGAA